GCUUUUUGCCAGAGAGGAUUGACUAAACUGCGACUGAGAUGUUCCUCAGAUAUCUUGGUUUGGUUCUGCUGCUUCCCUUUCCUGAGGCAGUAAACGCGCACGACGGGACAGGGCCAUGUAAUCCACCCACACUGAAAGGUGGUUACUUUGUCCCCCACCAAGUGAAUUAUAAAAAUGAAUCACAGAUCACAUAUGCCUGCGAUAAAGGACUUAAACCAGCGGUGGAAGGGUGGUGGGCCACAAUCAAAUGUCAAAAUGGCGAAUGGUCACAUGAGCCACAGUGUGUAGAUGAAAAUGACUGCCUGCCGCUAAAUAUCCUCAAUGCAAAAUUAACGGAAAUACCUGGAAGGUUGAGAAACCAGCAAGUUAGAAUUAUAUGUGAUAAAGGAUAUGAAGCCAAAAACGGGGCUGACACUGCUGAAUGCAUAAACGCAAAGUGGACACCAGUUCUAGACUGUGACAGGGAGGAAAAUGCAUGCCAUGCGCCCACCAAAAUAGCCCAUGCAGUAAUCCUUCAGGAAUACCAGGACCUGUUUGGUGAAUAUUCUCGUGUGUUUUAUGGAUGUGAAGAUGGAUAUGCUUUAGAAGGAGGAGAAGCCACAUAUGUCAUCCAAUGUGAAUCUGGUACCUGGACCGAAGCCAAACCAUGCGAGAGAAAAAGCAGACCUGAUGUUGAUACAUCUGGGGCACAUGGACCAGGUUCUGAUAGCGGACUUAUAGAUACAUCUUCUGGUACUGAGACACAACCUGUAGGUGGAGAUAGAGAAAGAGGAAACAGACCUGGUGUUGAUACACCUGGGACACACAGACCAGGCUCUGAUAGUGGCCUUAUAGGUACAUCUUCUGGUACUGAGACACAACCUGUGGGUGGAGAUAGGGAUGUUCCCAUACAUCCUCAUUCACGUGAUGAGACGAGGCCCAUGGUUAUACCAGAUGUUCCCGUACAUCCUUAUUCACGUGAUGAGACGAGGCCCAUGAUUAUACCAGUUGUAAAUUGUGGACAAAUCCCAACAAUUUCAUACGGAGUUGUGAAACGUCAAAAAAUGUUCCUGGAAUACCAAUGUGAUAAUUUUCACAAACUUGUCGGCGAACCAAGAGUGACGUGUUAUAAUAAUCGGUCAUGGUCACCGACUCCCACUUGUCAAGAUGCUUUCUGUGUUGUGAACACUGCUGGCAUCUAUGGGGUAAAACCUCCCCAUAAAGAUGUAUAUUUAACAGAAGGCGAAGCGAAAUAUCUGGAAUGCAUUAUGGUGGAUUACGCCCGUAAUCCUUAUUAUGCUAUGAUUCAGUGCGAAAAUGGGGUACAGAGAACACAGAGGUGUUGUUCGAACUGGGACAGACGAUUGAAUCGUUGCGGUUAAAGCUGAAGCAUCAGAGGCAAGCAGAAAGAAAUGUCAACAAGAAGACUUGAAGUAAUCCCUCCUGAAAAGUAACUGUAUGCCGACCACUUUGUCACAACUUUUACAGUUUUUAGCUCUGGGUCUUAUUCAUUUUGCUCACCAUCACUUUAACCUAUUGCAAGAGGAAGAGAACAUACUUCAUUCAGCACAUUUGCCAUGUGAAUGAAAUGCAACACCAACAUAAGUGUAAUCUCAUCGAGGAAACAGUUAAAUAAAGAUAUGAUUUAUGUGGCGUGAAUAAAAUCAUGUUGUAUAUUUGAUGGAUAGGGUUAAAUAAAGGCUUCAGCAUGA